AUGCAAGGCCUUUCCCACUACGCCGACGACUCUGACUCGUCCCCGCCCAACCCCAUGGCCGGCCCGUCCCGUCUGGGUGGCAAUGGUCGUCCUUUAGCACCAGCAUCUGCGUCGCAACAGGCAUCACCGGCGGUGGCCUCUCCGCAACCUCCGUCCCGCCCGUCUCGCCGAGGGUCACCGGCCCAUGACUCUGACCGGAACGGUGCCUCUCCGCGCCCAGCCAAGCGUCAUCGGUCGUCCGCUGAGGUGAACCUCGACCAAGAACCUCAAGGAGAUUCCCCUGUACCGGAGCCUGAGGAUGACCGGUUUGCAGGUAUGACGGAACAAGAUAUCUUCCGUGUCGCAACACGACCUCCCGAGAUUGAUGGUGUUGCCGACUGGGGCAUCCCAGCCGCCGUCGACCCCGCAGAGUCAGACCUGCGACUCAAGGCCAAGGUGUCACAGUACCUUCGAAUCAAGCGACAGGGACAACACAUCAACUCGUCAAUCAUGUCGUCAUCUUCGUUUGCAAACCCACACAUCUACGCAAAACUCGUGGAAUUUGUGGACCUCGACGAACGUGCGACCGCGUUCCCCAGUGGCGGUUGGCUGACACGUCGAGGAAUCGAAGCGGAGAUCCCAACUUACGGGCCCAAGGCUCUUUUGACUCAACAAAACGCGAUGGCAGAAGCUGUUCGCCGGUCGCAAGAGUCGGAGAGGGAAGGGAUAGCAGAGACAGCCGUGACAGCCGUGACCGAGAGCGCGACCGCGAUCACCGUCGUAGGCGAGAGGGCGAGGACCGCGACCGAGGAGGCCUGCACCUGCACCGUCCCAAAAGUGCAUGGUCUGGAGAAGACCACCGUCGCAGGUAGACAACUGGCUGUUGCUUGGGGGAAAUGGACCGGAAUCUGGUAUAUCGUCUAG